AUGGAGAUCACCCCGAAUCACGACGCGGUGGAGGCGAAGAGCGCGAGACCGGUGAGCUUUGGCGCGGAAGACGCGACGCGGGCGCUGGGGCGAUUGGUGGCGCACACGGGGAAGGCGGCGUGGACGUUCGGGACGACGUUUCUCGUGCUCGUCGUGCCGCUCAUCGUGCAAUUGCACAGGGAGGAACAGUUGAUCGAACUGGAGAAGGAACAGCUCGGGGUUUUGGCGCAACCGAGCGCCGGGGGGUUGCAGGCGGAGUGA